GUCCCACUACAGGGAAUGCACACAACUUACGAGUCUGCUGCUGGCAAUGCAGGGAUAGUGUCUGUGUGUGUCUGUGUGUGAAAGGUUAUCAGUGGAAUAUUAGCCAUGAGGAUAGCAGCGGUAGCCUUUGUGUUCUUCAUCCAAACGUUUCCAUGUCUGGCGUCAGACGACUCCCCCUUCAUCCUGGUGGGUAAGAGCAGCGAUGAUUGCGUGGUGUCAAGAGGCAGGGACUGCUCCCAGAUACGCUGGACCUCGGCCAACCGUCUGAUGGUCACCGGGCAGAAGAAGUGCCUUGGGGCGCAGGGGAUGUCGGUGGGCAGCUCCAUCAGCCAGUACGACUGCGACGACAGGAGCAACCUCCAGAAAUGGGUGUGCAGGAACGGAACCCUGCUCGCCCUCAAGGACUCAAAGUAUUACAUGAUGCUGAAGCCCGACAAAUCACUGGUUCUCAGCAGCAAUAUAGGACCGAACAAUGAGUUUGUCAUCCGGGGCACCGGGGCGGGGGCCUGUCUGAAGACACACAGAGAGCAUUACACUAUUGAAGGGAACGCGUUUGGCAAGAUCUGCAUGUUUCCCUUCCAAUACAAGGACAGAUGGUUUGAUGAAUGCACCAAGUUUGACUCAAGCAUUAGCAGGCCCUGGUGUUCAGUUCUAACCAAAUCAGAGAAUGAACACUGGGGUUACUGUCCAUCCACGGCCACAAAGUACUGGCAGGCCAACAUUGUAUCAGGAGCUUACUACCAGAUCAACAUGCAGUCAGCGCUGACCUGGGAUCAGGCCUUUGCCAGCUGCAAGCAGCAGGGCUCCAGCUUGCUCAGCAUCACAGAGCCCAGUGAGCAGGGGAUCAUCACAGUCAUGCUGGGUAAAGGGCAGAAUCGCCUUUGGAUGGGUCUCACCAUGGACCAAGAACACGGCUGGCAGUGGGUGGAUGGGAAGCCUUUUCGUUACCUGAGGUGGGACUCUGGGCAUCCAAUACAGAAUCCUGGAUACAAUUGUGCCAUCAUGGACUCAGGAGUGCAGUACUUCUGGCAGACCAUGUCCUGUUCGAAAAAACUAGGAUACAUCUGCCACAAGGCCGCCACCCUGCCCAUACAGGCUGAAGUAGAGGCAGGGUUUUGCCCUAGUCCUUGGAUCCCAUACAACGGUCACUGCUUCUACCUGAACCGCACCAAAAAGACCUGGCCCGCAGCCCAGACGGAGUGUGGCAAAAGCGGGGGAUCCCUGGCCAGCAUAGGCAACAUAGAGGACAAAAGCUUUGUCAUCUCUCAACUUGGAUACGUCGUCACGGAUGAACUCUGGAUCGGGCUGAACGACAGAAAAAUGGAAGGCCUGUUCGACUGGAUCGAUCACAACACCGUUCUCUUCACUAGCUGGGAGAAAGGAUCCCCCAAAUCGUCUGGGGCCAACGAGGACUGUGUCCUACUCAGAGGAGAGAACGGUAACUGGGCAGAUCGCUCCUGCACGGAGAAGCAUGGCUAUGUCUGCAUGAAAAUAAGCGGCUCAGAAUCCUCUGGCGACGAAGUGCCCAUGGAUUUAGGAUGCAAACCUGGCUGGAGAAGGCAUGGGUCUUACUGCUACCUGGUGGGCUCAGAGACUAAGACAUUUGAUGAGGCUAAAGAGGCAUGCAAGAGCGGUGACUCUUACAUGGCUGACGUUGCCAAUGGGGUGGACAAUGCUUUCCUGGUCAGCAUACUCGGGUUGAGAUCGGAGAAAUACUUUUGGCUCGGUCUCUCGAACCAGGGAAAUAUCGAUGAUUUUGUGUGGAUCAACUCAAACAAUGUGAAGUUCACUCACUGGAAUGCUAACAUGCCAGCACACCUGCAGGGUUGCGUUGCCAUGAACACAGGCGUGUACGCCGGACUCUGGGACGUCCUGCCCUGCACCAACAAGGAGAAGUACGUGUGCAAGCACCUGGCUGAGGGCGCCGUGCUGACGGCGGCCCCGCCCACCCUCGCCACCCCCAAGUGUGCGGAGAACUGGAAACCGGUGGGAACCCGGCAGAUGUGCGCCAAGUUCUUCACGGGACCCCGCUCGGGGGAGAAAACCUGGUUCGAGGCCAGGGACUACUGCAGAGCCAUCGGAGGGGAUCUGCUGAGCAUCCACAAUCAGUUAGAAAUGAAAACUGGAAGCCAUGGUAAGGCUUGGAUCGGCCUGAGCGAGCCCACCCCAGGGAGCGGCUACCAGUGGUCUGACGGCACGCCGCUGAACUUCUUGCACUGGAUGAGUGAGGAGCCAAACAACCAGAACAGCGCAGAGUCCUGCGUGGAGUUCCGGAUGUACUACUGGGAUGAGGAGGGCUCCUGGAACGACGUGCACUGUGAAACCUACAACGACUGGAUGUGUCAAAUCCGCGCCGGUUUAACUCCAAAACCCCCUCCAAAUGAUACCACGACAGGGUACAUCAAACAUGAGGAUGGCUGGCUGGAGUGGGGUACGAGCCAGUAUUACAUUAACGACAGGGUGAUGGCCAUGGAGGACGCUCGAAGCCAUUGUAAAAAGGGGCACGGCGAUUUAGUGGUCAUCAACAGCGAGGCCGAAAACAUCUUUCUGUGGAAGAUGAUAGCAAGGUCUUAUGGAUCCUAUUAUAUCGGAAUGCUUGUGGAUUUCGAUCAGACAUUUGGGUGGAUGGAUGGCUCUUCAACAAUGUACCAGCGUUGGGACGAGAAUCAACCAGAUUUUAGGAACAACGACGAGAACUGUGUCAUGAUGUCUCACCACAGUGGGUUCUGGCAUGACAUCAACUGCGGCCAUGAGCAUAAAUCCAUCUGCAAGAGGAGCACCUCGGUGACCAUCAACAGCACCGCCGCUCCCACGGAGGCCCCUAAGGGGGGCUGCCCGCUCGACUGGUCCAUAUUCCAGUCAAAGUGUUAUAGAAUCGUCAAUUCACGAAAGGACAAAUGGGCCGAAGCUCGGAGACGGUGUAAUUCAAUGGGGGGAAACCUAGCCUCCAUCGUUUCAAGAAGUGAUCAAGCGUUCCUGUUGACGCGCAUGAGUGAAACCGGCUCGGGAGACCUCUGGAUCGGUUUGAAUUCUUUGGAAAAGGGCGAAUUCUUCUGGACAGACGGACGGCCAAGGCGGUACACAAACUGGGGUUUCAACAAAUACAAGCGCCCUGGAUCUUUCUAUAGCUCAUGGAGUGAUGAGGGCUGUGUAGUGCUGAGCGGUAAUCAGUCCACCUAUGGGAGAUGGAUUGGGCACAACUGCAAUGAAACUUUUGGAUACGUUUGUCAGCGGAAUGUGGAUUCGCAGUUCCAAAGCCCGACAGGACCUCUGACUCCGAUCACCUACGUCAAGAUGGCCAACGACUCGGUGAAGAUUAUCACCCAGAACCUGACGUGGAGCGAAGCCAAGGCGCGCUGCCAGCAGGACGGGGCCUAUCUGGCUAGCAUUCGGAAUGAAUGGACGAGGGCCUACAUCGAGCUGCAGGCAAUCAAUCUGAACUCUUCCCUCUGGAUCGGUUUGAACAAAGGAGAGACCGGUGGUUACUUCAGAUUCAUCAGCGGCUGGCACCUGACCAUGGCCAACUGGUCGCCGGGGGAACCAACCGAAAAUUCCUGCGUCUACCUCGACGUCGACGGAAUGUGGAAGACGGGACUGUGCAACAUGACCAUGAAAAGCGCAUGUUUACAGUCCUCAGACGUUGCCCCCACGGAUUCCACCGAAUACGUCGGCAGCUGCCCCAUUGCCACUCAGGAUGAGCGGUCGGAACGCAAGUUUGCCUGGAUGCCAUUCAAGGCCCACUGCUACGUCUUCAUCACAGAGACAGUGGAGUGGGCCAAUGCAGCUUCGGAUUGUUCACGACAUGGUGGCAUCCUAGCCAGCAUCGAGGAUCCUGAAGAACAGACCUUCAUCCAAGAUCAAGUGUCAAUAUUGGCCGAUGGCCAGAGCUCCUUCUGGAUCGGCCUGUACAAGACACAUGCAGGAAAGUGGAAUUGGCUGGACAAAACCAUCGUGGACUACACCAACUGGGAUGAGGACAGCCCAGAUGAGUCCAACAGUUAUGCAAAGGUCCAGUCGUUAACCGGGAAAUGGACGACGGGCCGUAAAUGGAACGACAGAGCCUACAUCUGCAAAACACCCAAAGUUGCUCUCGUGAAUAUGAUGCCAACGGCUGCAUCUCAUACGAUUCAGAGCAAGCAACGUGCUCACACAAGCCUGGUGGUGGUCGUGAUCGUGUUUUUUCUUGCUGGAAUAGCGGCCCUAGCAAUCUUCAUCUUCAAGAAAUCUGGACGAUCCUUUCCAAAGCCAGCUUUUGAAAACCCCCUCUAUUUUAAUAGAGAGUGCCCAAAGCCUGACGUGGUAGAUACCAAUCAACUGAUAGAGAACGCAGAGAAAGACGAGGAAGACCAAGCACCAAUUAUAACGCUGUGAUGUCAUCACACGAGUCAACAUUGUGCUGGUCAACAGUGGGGGGUACUGUGGUUAAUCUUUGUACUGUCAGAAAACAGUAAAGAAAAGGCCUCUGAAGAAUAAGUCCCGCCUCCGAGGCUCCGGUUCUCUCGGUCAAAUGUCUAUGGAAAAAUAACAUGGCGUCUUUGAAUGAUCGUGCAUAGCAAACUCUGUAGGGGGCGAAGAAGUAAAAGCUGCGUCACGUUUAGCUUCGACUGGGUUCUGGGAUUGUCGGUGCCGUUAAAGCAGCAUUAACAAUCAUUUACUACUUUGACGGCACCGACAUUCCAGAAACCCAGUCGAAACUUAAAGGGGACCUAUUAGGCUUUUCGACUUUUAUGACCUAUAAACGUUGUUAUAAUAAUUGAUAGUCAUGUUUAACCAUACACAAGAAACAAUGUAGAUUUUCGGGAAACUCUUCCUCUCAUUUGGGCGCUUUCAGAAUUCUCUGUCAAGUUGUCCCGAGUGUUUAGCGCUCUGCACAGCCACCCCAGACUGUCAGCAGGGAAUACGUUGAAAUGCAUGUACGUCAUUAUUUGACACUUUAGUACGGUUAAACAUGACUAUCAAUCAUUAUAACAACGUUUAUAGGUCAUAAAAGUCGAAUAAGCAUAAUAGGUCCCCUUUAAUGGAAAAUGUAUAGUUCAAAACGUGACACAGCUUUUACUUUUUCGCCACCUAGUUUGUUAUGUGGGAGGGUUUUUUGCCUCGGAGGCGGGACUUAUUCUUCAGAGGUCUAUUAGAGUAGGAAGAGAAACCUUGGAUCAGUGGAUCUGCCAUUAUGUCAAUAAAUAUAUAUAAGUAUAUAUUUUACCGAAUCUGUAUUUGAAUGUAUAGAAUUUCCAUUCAUUAUAUCUUUAAGGAUAGAGUUUCUUUGUGAAUUGUAUGCUUGGUCUCUAGAGUAAUACUUGUUUAUAAUUGCUGUUCAAUUACUAAUUUGAAAUAAAUAUAAAUAUAAUCUUG